AUGCGAGCCAGCCUGUGCGACGGCGGAUGCUUCGGCAUCGGCGACUCGGCACGAUGCUCCGACCCGCUGCCGUCACGACCCUGUUUGCUCCUUCCUGCCGAGCUGCGUGCCGGCAUGCCUCCCGCAGCCUGGUGGACGCUUCCGGCAGCCUCUCUGCGGAGCGGCUGCAGCGGGGGCGGCGGCCUGCAGGAGCCACAGCUCCGAGGACCCGCGGCCGCGGCGGCCGCGGCCGUGGGGACCGAGGCCGGGAUGGCGAGGCUGGCCGAAGCCCUUGAUGGCUGCCGCCGCACGCAAGGUGCCCGCCUCCUGCCCCACUGGAGCGACGAGGAGGAGGAGCACGUGGCCCUUUUUUUCGUUCGAAAUCCCUCUGCAGGGGGAACAGGCCCGACCUCGCCCCCAGGCACCCCCUGA